GCGUAGUGGGGCCGCUGGGGCGCAGGACGUAUAGGUUAAGUGGAACUUGUGGUGGAACGUUUGGCAAGGUUUGAGAGUUUGACACUUUGACACAACAGUGUACAAUCAACAGACUGGGAAUGGUGGGAAGCGCGUUUGUUUCACACGAGUGCUUGCGCUUUUUAUCAAUUGCACCGGACUGUUGACCAAUUUAUCAUUUCAUGGAAAAUAUUGCGCGCAUAAUAUUUCGAGAUCGCGACACAUUUAUCGGAUGAACCUGCAUUCCAAGAUCUCGAAAAGUUAACAAUACAAAAUGAAGCCUUUAAUCGAAUUUGAGGAUUGUUUACGAGAUACUCCCAAAUUUCGAUCGUGCAUUGAAGAUGUGGAGAAGAAUGUGGAUCAACUUGAACAAAAGUUAGAUAAGGUGUUGAAAAAUUGCAGUCUAACCAUCGAUACUGGGAAAGCUUUCGUUGGACAGCAAAACCAAUUUGCCAAUAGUUUAUGGGAAUUAUCUUUGUACUUCAGCGAUGAUCCAGAAAUAAUGGCAUUUUUGAACAAGCUUAUUCAUGCUUUACAAGAAAUGAACAAGUAUCAUACUAUUUUAUUGGAUCAAGCUUCUAGAACUGUGAUGAAGGAUCUUAAUAAUUUUAUUAAAAGUGAUAUCAAGAGAGCGAAAGAAACUCGGCAUUAUUUUGAAAGAAUUUCCGGUGAUCUUGAUAUUGCACUGAAUAGAAAUUCGCAAAUACCGAAAUCUCGGCCUGUAGAAUACGAAGAAGCAUCAAACAUCCUGUCAGCUACUCGAUCGUGUUUUCGACAUACCGCUUUAGAUUAUAUUCAUGCAUUAACGAUGCUACAAGCGCACAAGCGACACGAAAUAUUAGGCACGUUAUUGAGCUACAUGCACGCAUGUAUUACUUAUUACCAUCAGGGUAGCGAUCUUGCUCAAGAUUUAGAUCCUUUUUUGAAAGAUCUCGAUGAAAAUUUAGUUAAGAUGAGAGGUGAUUCGAAUAAACUUGAAAAAGAAAUGGAAAAUCGUCAUAUAUAUGUUAACAACCGAGAUCUGAUCCCCUCUCUGGUGGUACCUGGCAAUUCCAAGAUGGAAGGCUAUUUAUUUAAAAGGACUAGUAAUGCUUUUAAAACUUGGAACAGAAGGUGGUUCUGUUUGAAGGAUCAUCAACUAGUAUAUCGAAAACGGACAGGUGACGAAGGAUAUACAAUUAUGGAAGAAGAUUUGCGAUUGUGCACUGUAAAACCUGUAGUUGAUUGCGACAGAAGGAAUUGUUUUGAAGUUUUAAGUCCGACAAAGAGCCAUAUGUUGCAAGCAGACAGCGAAGAAACUUAUUUGGCGUGGGUAACUGCGAUGCAGCAAGCUAUCGGUGCUGCUAUACAGAGAGGUAUGAGCAUCGUUGCUAAUAUUAAUCCACAUGAAUUACAAUCACGUGAUAGUAAGGGUCCUGCGAGAUCAUUGACAAGACCAAAAUCAAGAGUGUGGGAGCAGUUAUUGAAGAUCUCGGGUAACGAGAUUUGUUGUGAUUGUAGCGAUGUUAACCCACGGUGGGCUAGCAUCAAUCUGGGCAUUACACUUUGCAUAGAAUGUUCUGGUGUACAUAGAAGUCUUGGAGUACACUACAGUAAAGUUCGAUCCUUAACUUUGGAUGAUUGGGAACCAGAAAUACUUAAAGUCAUGGCAGAAUUAGGUAAUUCGGUGGUAAAUAGCAUAUACGAAGCUCUACCUAUACCUUCCGACAUUACUAAAGCUACACCAAAAUGCAAUAGUAACGUUCGAGAAGCCUGGAUAAAAUUCAAGUAUGUAGAUCGUAAAUUUGUAAAACUUCUAACUGACGUGAUACCAGCUGGGUAUCAUGCUAGUCGAGAGCAAAUGCGAUUUCGUAAAUGGAGUGUGCGUAAACUACGUCGCAGACCACGCAGUUGCGACAAGAUCGAUAAUAGUAAUGCCAAUAAAAUGUCAACAUUGUCAUCUGUAAAAGAAAAUCAACCUUCAACGAGUUCGGACGAAAGUAAAUACACGUCCAUCGAUAGUUUAAAUUCCAUUGACAAAGCGAAGAAAAUUCCGGAACGAAAUUCCGUCAGCUCGGAUGACAGUGCUAAUAUAGAUUUGAAAAACAAUUCUACUCUUUAUGGAAAGAUCUUAAAUCGUUCGCAAAAUGAUUUGAAUGAUGUUAAUAAAUAUGUUAAGAGUACAACUGCAAUUCAUGAAGGAGAGGUUGCAAGUAGCAGCGAGCCGCUUGCAAAUGAGUUCAAUUCGGUAGAAAGCGAAUUGAAAUUGAAUACGUUUUCAGUUGGCGAAACGGACGCUAAUUCAAAUUCACAUAUCAAUAAUAAAAUCAAAGCUGAUAAUAAAGAUGUUUCAGGAAAUAAAGAUCUUACAAUUAGAUCAGAGAAGCACUGUCAUGAAAAAGUAGAAUCAGCUGUAUUAAUGUUUGGUUGCGAUGUACCAAAACCUACUAUCGAUGACAAUUUAGAAUUGAGUUCUGACCAAGAUUCAACGGCUGGCGAGGAUGAAGAAUUUACUGAUGAAGAAGAUAUAGAAAAUUUGCAUCCUGAGAUGUUGCUUUACAAAGCUGCAGCAGCGCAUAAUUUACCCGUAAUGUGUGCAGCAUUAGCGGCCGGUGCUGACAAAUUAUGGUCCAAUGUUAAUGAUAAAAGUCGCAGUGCUCUACAUCAAGCGAUAAUAAGUGGUUCCGUUAUGUCAUGUGAGUAUCUCCUUCUAAAUGGAGCGCGAAUCAAUUGUCAAGACACUGAGGGGAAAACGCCAUUGCAUUUAGCGACAGAAUUAGGACAUACUGCACAAGUAUGCUUACUUCUUAAACAUCGUGCUGAUCAACACAUUGAAGAUGAAAGUGGAAUAAAACCUCUUUCAAUUGCAGUAAAAGAAGCAAAUGCUGAUAUUGUUACUUUAUUACGACUUGGCCUCCUAAAUGAAGAAAUGAAAGAUUCUGAGAUAGGCGUCACCGGUGAUGAAACUUUCAAUGAUGUUGUUCGUGAUUUUAGUCAGUUGGCUUGCUCACAUCCAGAACGAUUGCAACGUCGAAGUGAGCCCACAAAUUUAUCACAUAUGCCUGAAUGAGGUUUACAAAUUACAUAACACUUACAAAAAUUUACAAAAAUAAAAUAUAUUUUAUCAUGAAUUGAACAAAAAUACACGCUGCCUUUCAAAUUGCCGCAGCGAGUAUUGAUUGAUUAAUUAUUGCAUUAAUGUAAGUAAAAGCUGGCAUUUAAAGCUGUUACACACGAAAAAUGAUCGAAUCGAUCAAUUGUUUUUAUUUGUUUCGAAAACUAAACAUUAUAAUGAAUAAGAAAAGGCCAAUGUACGGUCAUAGCAGAAUCUUGGUGCUUCAAUUAUUUUAUUAUGUGAUUUUACAUACGUAUCCUAGCUUCGACUAAACUGCGUGCUUACUUUCCUGGCUGAUAUUUUUUCAUGAGGUGAUAAUUUUUCGCAAUAGAUUUCUUUACAGAUUCGUCGAGAAUGGUUCGUAUAGAUGCAGGCUAGCAUUUAUUUAACGUCGCGAGGGAGGAGGGAUUUAUUAGAUGCAAAUUAGCAUCAAGUUCUUAUUAAAUUGAUUAGCAAUUUAAUACGUGAUAAUACGGUCCUGUUUCAAUUAGGGGGCUUGCGUUGAAUUCAGUAGUAACGGCACGCAGUUUUCCCGAAGCUAGGAUAUGUAUGUAAACUCACAUAAUAAAAUAAUUGAAGCACCAAGAUCCUGCUAUGACCGUGCAUUGGCCUUUUCUUAUUCAUUGUGUGUGAAAUACUUAUACGGUUGUAACAGAUAUAUAUAUAUAUAUAUAUAUAGUUUAAACAUUAUAAUUUUAAUAUUUAAAAUAAUUCGAUUAUAUUGGAUCCUCCCAAUUCUUGAUAUAAUAUAUCAUUAUUGUAAAAUUGGUAAAGAAAUUAAUUCAACGACUACGAUGAUCACCUUCCAGUGGUUCCAAUGAUUUCGUUAUUCAUUGAAUAAUGCAGAGUUUUUGUAGCGAACAAGAGAUUUAUAGUUAUAACUUAUAACGCUACAUAUACUCUAUUGGACAGUAUAAUGUAAAAAAAGAAUCUUUUUUUCUUCUUAGCGAUUUGGUGCUUAGUAGAAUUAUGACAUACGAGAUAUUACAUAUACAUAACUCUUUUUUUAAAUAUCUAAAAGCAAAGGUAAAGCAUAAACACAGAUAAAAAUAAUAUUUAUAAAUAAUCUAUAUACAUAGUGUAAAAAAGUAUGGAAACAUUUGCUUAAUUCGUAUUACAUUGAGAGUUUCACUACUGUGUAAUAAAUUUUAAAUAUAUCUCUAACGAGGGAUAUAUAAUCCUAGGGUAGAUUUUCUAACAUAUACAUAUAUCUAUAUGUACUUUCUAUAUCAGUGUUAUGAUUAUAUGCGAUUUAAAUCAAUUCAAUUUUUUAUUCCACAAAUCACAUACACAUACCUUUAUAGAAAGUAGCAUGAUAUUGUAUGAUUAACGCAUCGUUUUUUUACAGAUAUAUAAUAUAAAAUAUUGUAACUGUUAUGUAUAUCACAGUAAUUAUACAGUAUGGUUUUUUAAUUGUUUAUCUAUUUGCGUUCUAUAAUGAAAAGAAAGUAUAAAAGUUUUUCUUUGUAUAUAAAACGCGAAGAUUGGAUCUGAUAUUAAAUUUUAUAAGAAGUAGUUGGCUUUAGUUAUGUAUGUAUAACAAAAGUGUAUAGCGCAACCGUGUGGAAAUGGUGUAAAUUACACGGAAAAAUGAAAUUCAGUUGAUUAAAUAAUCAAUUGAAUUUUGAUAUACACGCAUACGCGCAUCUUGGGUUUAUUGAAAGAAUGAAUGAUACAAUGUUAUUCGCAUGACAUAUGAGUAUGUAUGUAUGUAAGAAUAUAUUUUGCUAAUAUUUUGUAUUAUAUAUAUACAUAUGUGCGUG